AUGGGCUGUGAUGCCAAAGAUGACCUCCUGGAGGCUGUGGUCAUAUGCAGAGGGAAUCUUAAAGACCCUUCAUUCUGUAGUCAACUCACUGUGAUUGUCUGUGGGCUCAAGUGUAUCUUGUGCAAAGAUAAAGAACAGGUGCAAAUAGCCAAGGUGGAGCCAUGGAAUUCAGUCCGGGUAACCCUGAAGAUCCCCCGUGAAGCAGCUCUUCAACUCCGACAGCUUGCACAGGAAGGGUCCUCCUCCUUGAGAGACUUGGGCAUUCUCUCUGUGCAAGUAGAGGGUGAUCAGGUGAUCUCAUUGACUCUCAGCAGUCAGUAUGCUGCCUCUGGAGGAAUUGCAGGUCCGAGCACUUCAGGGGAACCCAGCCAUCAGGCUCCUCCAGUGUCAUUGCCUUUGUCAUCAGGCAGCACUGUCAGCCCACCUUCAAAUGCUACAGUAGCAGCCUCUGUCUUUGAACGGUUCGGGACUAACAGCUCCCAGAAGGACAAUGAACCGUUCAAGAGUCCCAAUGUGGUUUUGCCUCAGAGUGACCCGGUUCCUUUUGUGCCUCCUUGUCAAAUCAACAGGCGUGUUGUACCUGGAAACCGCUUGGGACCGUUUCCCUUUGCAAGUAUGACUCAUGCUGCAUACACCAUGCAAAACAGGGAGGGCUUACCACAGAGGAGCACUCAACCCUCAUCCACAUCUGCCACUUUUGUGUCCCCCCACCCUCCUGGAUUAAGUACUGCACCCUCUCCAAAUUCCACCACCACUACCAGUACUACUUCUGCUUCCACUUCGCUUCCUCCUCCUCCAUAUCCUUCUCAUGCCCAGAAGGUACAAAGCAACUUCUGUGCCCUUGAGACAAGCACACUGACAGUAUCGAGUGUGUCUUCAGGUCCUGUGAACACAAGACCUCCUGGGCCCUCCUUACCAGGGUCAUCUGGAAAUGCUAUGACAAAACCACUCAGUGCUGAAGUCUCAGGUUCAAGCCCUUUGUUGGUGAACUUACUUCAAUCAGAAGCUGUUCAAUCUCAGGUCCUCUUAACGCCUUCACCUGAUUUCCCUGAAAAGAAGAAAGUUCAGCGUCCCAGGCAACCGAGGAAGCCCAAGGAGAAGUCAUCUGAUGUUGCACCCAAGGAAUCCUGUGUAAACACCUCAGCUGCCUCAUUCAGUCUUGCAAACAUCUCGUUGCCCAACAUCCCAAACCUGAACCUCUCUCCACCACCGCCUACAGAGGUCCCUGCAAGACCCACUCUGGCACGCCCAGUCUCCUUUGAUCCCUCAUUAUUGCAGAUUGGAAAACCAGGAGGAGAGAAGGCCACAUCAUUAGUGGGAAUUCAGCAAUCUUCUAAGAAAACCAUGCCAAUUCUGGUACCCCAAUUCUCUGGUCAACGUCUCCAUCAUCCAUCUGUGAACAAUGGCUCCAUAGGCACUCAGACACCCAUAGUGGCAGCUGUUGGGACACCAACAAAUCAGCCAGCACAUUUGACUUAUACAAGGACGUUGUCUGUCCCUAUUCGGCCUGUCACAGAUGUAGGCAUGAACAUGGAGCAAGUGAGUCGACUUAUAUUGACCCCUCAGCCUCAGAGUUGUGUGCCUCCACAAAUGGUUAGAGAAUUCCCACCAAAUCGACCACCACCACCAUACCCUGGAACGAGUGGAGAAGCAAAGGGAGAGACAUGUCCAAAACCACCAUCUCCUGAAUUGACUUCAUCUGGGAAGCCCAGGCAGUUUCUCAUUAAUCCCCUUACUGGAGAUUUGGAACCAGCUCCCACAGAUUCAGAAAAUUCUGACUCGGAACCAGAGAACCCUCCCUUUUCACCAUUUAGUGAGAAAGCCAAUUCAUUGUUCUCUGAUGAAGAAGGAACUCCACUCAGUGCUUCAGAUCCACGAAAAGAAACAGAUCAUUCAGACUCAGAUGUGAAAUCUUCUGCCAGUUCAGAGUCAAGAAAGAAGAAUUCACGUCCAGAAAAAGUCAAGUCUCGGGACUCUAGCCCUGGAACCUCCCGAGAUUCUGUUGGAUCUGCAUCUAGUCCAAGUGAAAAAAUCAAGUUGAGACUGAAAUUGGAGAAGAAUGAACCUGCUUAUAAGGUUGAUCUAUCCUUCAUAAAUAUGCAAAACAUGAAAAAGAAUGAGAAAAUCAUUCCAGGAGGAAAAACUGCUACUGGUAGUGGGAACACUCCAACUGAUUUGCCAGGGUCAAUUGUGCCAUCAGCUUCUGCUCCUUUCUCUUGGGGCAUUGAGCCAAGGGUUCCGCCUCUCCAUAUAUCUCUAAAGGGACGUGGAGCAGUGGUGGUUGGGGGUUCCAAGACCGAUGAGAAGGAGCCUCUCAAGAAGUCACCAGAAGAUGAGAACCCAAGUCAAUUGGGCAUCCCCCUUGUUCCUGCCACCAGUCCUGACCUGAGGAAUGAGAAACGGAUGAAACCUAGGGCAAGGUUAAAGCAGUCACCUGAGAAGACUGCCAAGACAAAGCUCCCAGACAUCUACAACUUUGCUGAGGGUGAUAUUGCUACUGGCUUGGAUGCUUGUGAGUCUAGUGCUGAUGUGAUGACAGCAAGGCUCAUGCCCCCAAGUGAGAAUGCAGAGGCUAUGGGGACACAGAGUGACAGUGUUCCCAAGCCAAAGCCUCGGCGAAAGCCUCUUAAGAAGAAACCUGUCAUGAAUUCUUCCCCUGACAUGGUUUCAACUAGUGUUGGUGAUAGUUCUAGUGGUGAUAAAGCAACUUUGGUGGACACUGCACUGAGAACAAACGUGAAAAUGACCUGCACAUCACCACUACCAGACUUGAUUUGCUCCGCAGUUAGCUCAGGAAUGAAGCGUAGUCUACCUUCCACAGCCGAGAGCCAGGUGUGCGACCUGUCAAGGGAAGUAUUAGCCUUGGAUCUUUCAUGCAGCUUGGGAAGUGGGCCUCUUCUUCCCAGGUUUGGAUUUGCCACUGCUACUUCUGCUGGUGUGAAUACCCAAAUCAAACCAAGUGCAAUCAGUGCCACACUUCUGGAUCAAGCCUUGAUGCCAAAAUCACAGGGAACUUCCAUACCCCGAGAUGGCUCUACGUCCCUCUCAGCUGCAUUGAAGCAAGUUUCAGGAGGAGACUGCCACCACAAAUCAGACGUGCCUGCUUUCAUACCUGCAGCACAAACUGUUGCCAUUGCUGUUUCUAGAGACUCAUUGGUGAAUGCAGUGAAACUUGUUGAACUGAAAGAACCCUUUCCAAAGGAGAACUUAUACAUCAAUCAAAGCAACAGUGAACCUUCUCCAACUCUGAUUGGGACAUUUCGACCGAGUGGCCCAAGACCAUCCCAAAAUGUACCUAUGCUGAGGAAUGGGGCAGAUGCCUCUAGCAAAGAUAGGCCAAUUGAUGGAGUUGAGGUCUCACUUGUUUCAUCCACACUUGUGGUCCAACACCCCCGAGUAGAGAGUCUGAAAAACGAAGUACAGCUUAGUGUAGUCAAGGGUAAUCAAGCAAAUUCACCUGUCAUAGCUGAUCCUCAGCAGAAGCCAAUUUCACCUAAUCCACCUCUUUUCAUCACUCAUGGAGAAAAUAGCUCAAAUUCUGCUGGAAAGAAAGAGCCAUCUAUAGAUGUUGGGAAGGAUGUGGCUAUGAAUCCAAAAAGGGAAGUUGCAAGUAGUCCUUGUGGGCAUUCUCGCGAUGGUCAGGGAGAAGACUCUGGAAUAGAGUCCAUGGAUACCUUGUCAGAGAAGUCCCCCAAUCAGGGAGAAAGUCCAACCAGGAAAGAAGAUAUGGACAAGGAAGCAGAGAAGAUAAAGAAGCCUCAGGAAAGUGAGGGUGUCAAAGAGGGCGUUAAAAACCCUUCACACCUGCCACCUCCAGAGAGUAUAGCCUCAGAAGAUGGGGGAAAGAAUCAAACCUCCCCUCAAGUCGAUCCUGCAGCCAAAGAUCUGUCAAAGCCAGUGCAAUCGGGAACAAUCACUAGGGUCCCAGCCACGGCAGAGUCACUCCUUGGGCUGACUGUCGGCUCUCCCCUCAGUUUGCCAGUCGGUGCAAAGAUGGUUCCAGUGCGUGUGGUGCCUCUCCCGAAGAACACUCAGUCGCUUGAACUCAGUAUAGCUCGAUUAUCAGACACACAACCAUCCAUUUCUAGUCAAAAUCAGGUUGCCAUAGUGCCUGUGUCGAGCCCCGUCAAAGUGUUCGUCCCUAAUGUUUCUUCUUCAACUUUUGCUUCUCUUAUGGUGCCCCACCCAUCUUCCAUGGAGAAUUACCAGAAGCCUCAAGCAUCUGAGAUUCCUGUGGGAGGUGUCCCUAGUACAAAUUUACAGUGUGACAGUGAGCAAGCUGUUGCUCAAGAACCCCGCCCGGGAAGACUGAUAGCAGGACUCUCAGAAGUGAGUGCACCAAGCCGGACAUUGGAAGAAAAUUGUGAUGUGCCUUCUCCUCAUACAGUUUCUGAAAGUGUUGCAUCAGAUCACAACUAUGUGACAAAAAUUGAGACACCACACCCAACAAGUCCUGAAGUACUAAUACCUGGCAGUCAGCCUGAGGAUGAAGCAGAUUCACAUUCACUUGUCAUUGAAGCUCCAUCUCCAUCCCUUGGGGAGUUGACAAUCGAAAUACCAGCAGAAGUUGAAGAAAAGAAGCAGACAAGACCUACUAGAUCAAGUGCCCGUCUGAAUAGCCCAAAAAUUGGCAGUCCAGGACCAGAUACCAAAAGCCCAAAAGAAGAAGUGAAACGAUCAGAAAGUGAGGCACGAUUCCAAGUUCCCACUGGACCAAAGGCUAGUCCAACUGGAAGUGCCAGGGGAAAGCGGAAAAGCAGUGAAUCCAGCUGUGGUGAAGCAUCAGUGAAAGAAGAAGAUAAGAAGACACCAGCAAAGUCCUCAAAUCCGGUGAAAGAAGAAAUCGGGAAGAAGGAACCUGAUCACUCAAGACCUGGAAAGCGCAAGUGCUCUGAGAAUGCAGCAGAAUUGAUAAAAGCUUGCAUGGGAGUUGAUGACCCCCCAAGGAAGGCAUCAAAUGGUCCUGAAUCUCCAUCUGCAUCACACAAAGAUGAUGAUCCACCAAAGAAACUCUCAGGAACAACAGCUGGUGGUAAGAAAAACCGAGCUGGAACUACUCAACAUUCCACCGCUGCUGAAGAAAAUGAUGGAAAAGCAUUGGAGAUAGGUGGAAGAAGUAGGAGGAAAAUCCUUCCUGAAGACAAAAUGGGUGCCAAGACUCCUGUACCACCAUCUCCCAGAAAUCGGACCAUCAAAGAGCCAGAGCACAAAGAAAGUGGUAAGACUGUGAACAGAGUGAAUAACAGGAUGGGAAAAUGGCAUGAUAGUGUGAUCAGUCCAAUGAAGAAAGGGGACAAGAAAGGUUGCCUCAACUCAGAGGAGACACUACCAAAAAGAACAGGGCGAAUAGCUGCUGCCAAAGGGAGGCAGCAAGUCCGGAAGGAGACCAAUGUCAACUCUAGUAAUGGUAGCAAUGCUUCCGGUCCUCCUGCUGGUGGAGUCCCUUCAUCCGCCAAUGCUCAAGGUGGAAACACUGCUAAGCGGAAAACUCGAAACAGUGUACCUGCUUCAAAUUCUGAAAGUGAGCCACAGGGGAAGCGGAGGCGUACCACAAAAGAAGUGAGCAGGUAGCUAAAAAUGAACAUCUUCAGGCAUUGCAUUGGUCUCAAGAGCUCUGAGGCACAAUCUAGUUCAAAUCUUCUCUCGUGAUGUGGAGGAGACACGGGUGGAUUAGUUCUGAGUUGCCUUUUCUUAAUCAUGAACAAAUCAAGUGAUUCUGCAUUUGCAAGCAAGUCUGGGAAUCUUCAUGCUUGUGCUUGCAUAUUGACUUUGUGAUAUCGAUGGAUGAAUGUUGCCCCUUCUCUUUUUCUGUUUUGCCUUUUUUUUUAUUCAUUAGAGUGUCUAUGAAAGAUUAUAUUUGAGGGGAUUGGCCAUUUUUGCCCUGUGCUACAAUGUUAUCGUCCAUUUUUUUCUCCCGUUAUCUGCCUGGCAUAAAUGAUUGUAUAUGCUGUAUAUAUUGAGGUUUGUAAAUAUAGUAAUGGAAAAGUAUGUUUUAGAUAGUAUCACUGUAGCAUUGUUCUUGCAAUAAAGCAAAAGAAAAUAAUUAUGAGACAGCUGUAUAUACGAUGACCAUGGUUGACUUGAUGUGCAUGGGUAUGGUGUUGAUUCUUAAUAUUCACUUGGUCAUGUUGUUUUAUCCCUAUGGAGAUUGAAAUGAAAUAUUAUUUUCGGAAGUGUUUUAGUCUCCUCUUUGUUCACCCCCAAGGGCUGAAAUCAUGAAGUCUUGUUUCUUCUCUAUAUAGUUCUGUGUUUCUUCCCUUGCCCCUAAAAGUGUUGGUUCUUAGUGCUUCGCCUAUGAUUGAGCGGGAAAUAUUAUGCUCCCCUUUUUGAAGAUCUCAAAGUGGAGAUCUUAUGUUUUGCUGUUUCAUUGGCUGAAGCCUUCACCCCCUUACUGAGAAAAUUAUGUCUGCUGAAUUCUUUGACAUGACUUGCUGGCACUUUUUUUUCCUUUUCUUCUCAGUUUUGGGCAUAAGAGAGCACAUGCAAGGAAGGCAAUCAUGGGUCAUGCAAUUGGAUAUCAUGUUCUCUCACCAUGCUAGGAUACAGUUUGAAGUGUGAAGUGAAAUUCCUGUGAGAGAAUGUAUAAUGUUUUGUAUUUUUUCUAUGUCAAGCCACUGGAAGAAUGGAAAAGAGUG